AUUCCAACACACUAGAUACAGCCACUCCCCCCCUCCACCCCCCUAAAACCCACCACCACCACCACCAAAACACCAAAGAUAACGACAAUUGCAACUCGUCCGUAGCAUCCCGACGGCGUCGAAGAAGGAGAAGAAAAAAAAGAGCCAAGAACACGAGAUGUCGUCGAUUUCCUCCGACACCGCAACGAAGCGUAAACGCAGCUCGCGCACCUCUGGCGAAAGCAGCAGCAGCACCACGGACGCCGUUAUGAGCAACGCGCACCCCACGUCGGGCGAAGAAGCCGACGCCGAGCUCUCCUACGACUCCUCGGCCGCCACCAUUCCCGAGGCCACCGUCAUGACCACCGGUGCCAUGCACCCCGCAAAGCGUGCCAAGCGGCAAUCGCGGCAACAGCAUCAGCAGCCUGAUGAGGAGGCGGAUGGGGAGGCGGAGGAGGAGGCAGAGAGUUCCGACAUUGAGCGAGACAGCCGGGAAAGGACCAAGUCGGAGUCCGAGGCGAGCCUGAGGAGCCAGCCGGUCGAGACCGGCGCGAUCCUGCCGCCGGAGGAGCUGGCUGCCCUGUGUCCGGUCGGCUUCUCGAUGAACCCCCCGCCUACUGACCGCCCGGUCAGGGUCUAUGCCGACGGCGUGUUUGAUCUGUUCCAUCUUGGACAUAUGCGGCAGCUCGAACAGGCCAAAAAAGCUUUCCCGAGCACGUACCUGCUCGUCGGUAUACCCAACGAUACCGAGACACACAAGCGGAAGGGUCUUACGGUGCUCACCGAUAAAGAGCGCGCCGAGUCCUUACGGCACUGCAAGUGGGUGGACGAGGUCAUUGAGGAUGCUCCUUGGAUCGUCACGCCCGAGUUCCUGGACGACCACUCGAUCGAUUAUGUCGCCCACGACGAUGAGCCCUACGUCUCUGCCGAGUGCGAUGACAUCUACAAGCCCUGCAAGGAGGCCGGGAAAUUCAUGGUCACGCAAAGAACGGAGGGAAUUUCCACCACUUACAUCAUCACAAAGAUUGUCCGUGAUUACGAGAAAUACAUCACCCGCCAGCUCAAGCGCGGUGCGAGCAGGCAGGAGCUGAAUCUCAGCUGGCUCAAAAAGAACGAGAUGGAUAUCAAGCGUCAUGUUUCCGAGCUCCGAGAGACGAUCAAGAACAAUUGGUCGACAACGGGCCGGGAACUUCGCGACGAAUUCAAGAACUACUGGGCACCUUCACCGCGGCCUUCAAGUCCUUAUCAGUUUGGCACCACGGCUUCCCGGGAGACGCUCGCCUCUCCAGAUAACGGAAGGCUGGCCCCGCAGUGGAGCCAUCUCGAACCGCUAUCGCGACCGCAGAGCCCGCACACCGAGUUUGCCAACGGUUACUCGCUGGGUCUGAUUGGUGGGGUUCGAUCUUGGAUGCGGAAUCGUGCUAGUAGAUCUGGCUCGUUGGCGGCGUCGGACGACAACUCAUCGGACGAGGACGAAUUACAGGACUUGCCUUCGCCCAACUCAAAGAGCCCGCCUGCUGUCGUCGCGACCACCAGCCCCACUACUGCCACUGCCACUGCCACUGCUGAACCGGUGAAGCCGACAUUGAAGAAAAGCGACACAAACAUCUCGAUUGAUUGAUUGAGGGGUGGUACAAGCAACCUGGCACGGACUCAUUGAUGGGUCGCUUCGAUCCGACGGACGCCUGCAUACAAUAAAUAGUGGCGGUCUGGUGUGGUGUGGUGCCUGGAUCUGUAUCACGCUUUUG